UUUGUGUUCUUUUAAGUGUUAGCGAGCUGGGAAAUUGAGCUUUCUUGCUGUUAUUAUUCCCAUUUAAGAGUCGUGUUAUGACCCCUUCUUUGUGUACCUCAUGACUAGACGAGGCUUACAAUGAGUUGUUAAGGUUACGGCGGGAAGACUAUCCUGCCGUUUUGUGCUGCUGGCCAAUUGGAAAGAAAGUCUUCUGCCAUUAAAUUCAUGCACACGAGAAAUAUUUGCUUAUGCUUGAAUGAAUUCGGUGCUGUUGUUUGGCUCACGUCACGUACUCCUACCCUAUCGUCUUGAUUGCUUUUGUUCGGUAUCUUUUUGGUAUUUCGGUCUCGCUAUCAGUCACCGAAUAAAAAACUUCACGUAAAAAAUUAAUAACGUUUUUGCUUGACUAUAAUGAAAUGGAAGAAUAGGUAUCCUGCUAUGAUAAGCUAAUUUCUGUUGGAACCAUUGGAUACUGUUGUGACCUUCCUACCAAGUUCUAGCCUAACCUAGGUAAACUGACCCUGUCCAAGAGAUCUGUGUGAAGGAAGUCAUAUACAAGAAAACAUGUUGACAAAGGUGUUUUCGGAUGACGAAGCCUUGAUAAACAAAAAGGUACCCAGGGAGCUCCUAUUACAUGUAUUUUCAUAUUUGGAUGUUGUUUCACUAUGCCGAUGUGCUCAGGUAUCUCAUUACUGGCAUGUGCUGGCUUUGGAUGGCUCAAAUUGGCAGCGUAUUGAUCUCUUCAAUUUUCAGACAGAUAUAGAGGGUCGUGUUGUGGAGAAUAUAGGUAGGAGAUGUGGUGGCUUUUUAAAACAGUUGUCAUUACGGGGAUGCCAGAGUGUCACUGAUUCCGCCCUUGUCACAUUUGCUGAAAUGUGCAACAAUAUAGAAGAACUUAAUCUUAAUUAUUGCAAAAAUAUAACUGACAAAACUUGCACAGCACUCAGCAGACAUUGUCCACGAUUAACAUGGUUGGAUUUAGACUCUUGCUCACAAAUAAGUGAUAUAUCAUUGAAAGCACUUAGUGAUGGUUGCCCAAACUUGGAAUGGAUAAAUGUCUCAUGGUGUGACAAUAUUACACAGAAUGGUGUUGAUGCAUUAGCCCAUGGUUGCCCCAAAUUACAAGGUUUUGUAGGCAAAGGAUUAAAAGCUCUCACAGAUGCUGCACUCAUAUCUCUUGCCCAGUACUGUAAAAAUCUGGAACACAUCAACUUAUGUUCAGCUGCUGCAAUAAGUGACAGAGGAGUGGUUGCCUUAGCAGAAAACUGUGUGAAGAUCCGUUAUUUGUGUCUGAGCAAUUGUGUACAUCUAACAGAUACUAGUCUUGUUGUUUUAUCUCAGCACUGCACACAUCUUGAGACCCUUGAGGUUGCAUCAUGCUCACAGUUCACAGACAAUGGAUUUCAGGCUUUGGCUCGGACUUGUCGAAUGCUUGAGAAAAUUGACUUAGAAGAUUGUGUGCUGAUCACUGAUGCCACUUUAAAUCAUUUAGCUUCAGGAUGUCCAAGACUCGAGAAACUUAGUUUAUCGCAUUGUGAGCUGAUUACAGAUGAAGGUAUUCGUCAUCUUGGAGUAUCACCAUGCUCAACAGAACAUUUGGCUGUGCUUGAAUUAGACAAUUGUCCCCUUAUCACUGAUGCAUCUUUGGAUCAUCUUCUCUCUUGUCACAAUCUUCAGCGUAUUGAGCUUUACGAUUGUCAACUAAUAACACGGGCAGGCAUCAAAAGACUUAAGAGUCAUCUGCCUAAUAUCAAAGUUCACGCAUACUUUGCUCCUCAAACACCACAGCCAGCAGAAGGUAGAUCUAGACAACGGUAUUGUCGAUGCUGUGUCAUUCUUUGAGGUUGCCAUCUGUUACCUGGGCUGUCUUCCUGUUAGAGAGAGUGGUCCAUCUUGAAGAACCCUUGGGUGAUCUUUAUUUUCUGUAUCUUCUUUCCUACCUGUUAUCCUCAUUAGCAGUGUUGCAGAAGGGUUCAUUCAUAAUGUGGAGGCACUCUGCAAAGGUAUUUGAAAUAGUGAUUUUGAAUUAUUUCUUAACCUGUUGAGGGUACAGCUUUUAAUCUCAACUACUGUGAUUUACAAGAGGAGCCUGUCAUCAUAACCAAGGUUUUGGGUAUCGUGUCACCCAGCGUUUACUCUGUUUUUCCUGCCAAUCAUAUAAGUUUAAGGUCUCUUUGGUACCAUGAGGGUUUCAGUACAACUGGAAUUCCAGAUGUUAAUAUUAAUCAAAUGAACAUAAGACAUUAAGUGAUCACAGUAUCACAGGAGGUUCAUGGGUCUGGCAUGUGACUACAUGAAUUAUUUAAACAACUCUUCAGUCAGAUCAAUCGUUGAAAAGCAAUUCAUGGUUCCAAAUUUGACUAAAUACAACAAAAUGCAAGUACAUAUAGAUAAAAGUGCUUCUUUAGAGACAUGAUUUGUUCAGGCUGUGUAAUCUUGAUUCAUUGUGAUCAGGAGUGAGCAAUUUUGAGCUUUGAUCUUCUUCCCUUAAGUAAUUUGUUAAUCAGGUGCAGAGGAAUAGCCUUUAUAUCAUUAGAUCUGAAGUACACAGAAAUUAAUUAAUUGAUAUUUAAUUAACAGGAGCUGGUCUUUUUUAGAGAGUGGUAUAUGAUGGCACCCAAACCUCCUUUCUGUGUUAGCAAAGCAUUGAUAUUUUAAUUGGCAUAAGUAAGUGGCUUUAAAACAUGAAAAUACGGUUUAGACUUUCAGCCACAAUAACUCAAAAGUAGAGUAGGUUGGUGACCCUUGUAUUACAUCUAAGGGAUGUAAAAUAUAUCUAAAACUGGGAGAUGUUAAACUUUCGAAUAUGAAAAUUGAUGUCGUCAUAAAAUAAUCAAAUCGCUACAAUAUGCAAUUUAAAAGUUUUUGUUUCUAAGAGGGAUUUCACCUCCCCACUAUUGAUAAUUACCUCUAGUUCAAGCUUUGCUGUGUGUAGCUGCUAUUGAAUAUUGAGUGGUCUUGGACUUUAUUAAUAUGUGAAUGAUGCAUAGCUAUAUCUUCAGCCUUAAAGUGUGUGUGUAAGAUACUUGAAAACUUAGACGCAUGUCAUUCUAGGGCAAGAUAUUCUGUUUAUUACAAUAAAAAACAACCACAUUACCUGCAGGAGAGGCAGCAUCAAGAAAUAGGAUACAACCAUAUGUUUUAUUUAAUAUUUUUUAUUUGGGCACUCUGCAUUUGCAGUGAGUUUGGUGUAUACUUUGUUUUGAUCGUGAAUAUUGAGUGCAAGGAUCGGGAAAAGGAAGCUUUUGAUGAGUAUAAAGAGAGAAUAAUGGAAUGAAGAAUAACUCAGUGAUGAGCAAUAUCACAAAGAGAGAGCAAAAGCAGUAAUAAAAAUAUCAUUUGUGAAAGCCAUUUCUUGGCAUUUGAAACUAUACUAUGUAAUUUAUUUUUGAGUACACACCACAGCUAACUUUCUAGAAUAAAAAUUGUAUGUCACAACUCACAAAUAGAAUUUAUGUUAAAAUGUUACAGUUGAUGGCUAACCUUAUUGCAGCAAAGACUAGGCUCAUUUUACUGUAAAACCAGCUAUGGCAUUUUGAUCUUCCACCUGUAGAAUUUGAGUUCAUUUUAGGUGCAGUACGACAGCUUAUUAAAAUUGUGCGCUGUUAUUAACGAAGGAGUUUUCUCCAACUUGAUUUACUUGCUUUAUUCAAUAUGUUGUACUAGUUACAUCUGCUUUGCCAAUUUGUCAGCUAACACAUCAAGAAUUGGUAGAGUGCUUAAUGCAAGAAAUUAAGUUUCCCCAUCUCUCUGAAUUCUAGGAGCUUGAUGAAUAGCACAUCUCUUGCAAGACAGAGGGCUUAAGUUCAAUAUAAGGCAGGAAAUUUUACUGUGGUUAUGGAGUUUUUCACUCAUAUAAGACUAUUGUGCUUCUUGAACUUCAGAGUAUCUCGGUAUUAUAGUACAGUUUGGAAGUUUAGCAAUAUUUGCUACUUAUCCAUGUAAUAUACCACAAAGGUUUCUGGCGUUUCAUUAAUAAGGAUCAUCAGUUUUUUAAACUUCCCUUGUUUUGAUCUUAGUAAGAAUACUCAUUGAAGUGCUAGGUACAGGAAGAUGAACUUAACAAAGCAUAAAUGAAUCUCAAGAAUGAAAAAUUGGGGGGAAUUACUAGUAGCAUUGCCUUCAUAUUAACAUUGCCAUAGAUUUCAGAUCCAACUACUUUUCCAAUGUAGCUAGUUGUUGAAUUAGAGCUACACUAAGUUGCUUUUAUGGUAGUCUGAUCCAGAAGAUAGUAUUUGCAUUUUUCAUUUUCUCAUAAACUUUAUUUUUAAAUUGUUACUUUUGAAUGGAAAAAUAUUGAUGUUUGUAUGGGGCUAUCAAAAGUGAAACGACCAUCCAAGGCUACAUUCCAUGAAAAAAUGUUUUCCGUUAUUCAUCAAAAAAAGUUAGCCAAAGAUAGUUUCCAUGCAGUGUGAAACAGAGUAAGAAUUGAACAACAUAUGUUAGGAGAUUAUUUGUUACUAUUAUAAAAUAUUUACAAAUGCCCCAUGUUAUGAAUAGAAAAACAUUGUUUCAUCAGACAAUAGGCAUAAACUGAUUCCCACUGAAUAUGGUGUCAAUAUUUUAAAUGGGAAGACGUCAGUUGAUGCGCAGAAGUUACUUAGGACAAUAAAAGGGUGCAAUCAGACAAUAAAAGGUUAUUGCAACCUUAAGCUUUUGUUUUGAAAAAACAUUACAGUACUACGUACUUGAAAAAAUUAAGGUAGCUUAUAGAAUUUAUUAACAAAAAUAAAGACUACUAUCUGGUUCAUUUGAAAAAUAUUGAAGUGCCACUUAAUGAGAAUAAUAAUUUUAUUUUGGUAUGGGAAGUAACUUUUGGUUGUGAAUAAUUUGCUGUAUCAAUGCCUUUAGCGAAUGAUUAAUAAAGUUCUAUUUGUCUUCACCAUAAGUCGUAAAGUGGAGGUUACUGAGUUUUAAGGUUGAAUUCUAAAUUGCCGAUGAUUGAUAUGCUAGUAAGAACAUAGAUAAUUGUGAAAUCUGAACUACAGCAUAAUGUUGUUAUGAUGACAACAUUGUUGUAAUAAAGGAAAAAAAACUGGUUAUGAUAAGGCAAUUUUCCUCUUUUGCUCUUGUUUACUACAAGAUAUUUAAUAUGAGGCAUUACAUAAACAAUUUGAGUAAAGAGGCUGUAGCUGUGAUGAUUUUAAAUUUUAGAAAAAACGUGCAUAUCUGAAUCACUUGAAGAACUGUACUUAAGGAGGAUCAUAUCAAUCUCAAAAUUGCAUUUCACAAAACCUUUUUAGUCUGUAUCCUUUGAUAAAAGCAUUAAGAACUACAAACAUUUAUUCUGUGAUCAAAAUAUUUCUGUGCUGUAAUUUCAAGGUAGUUUUUUUAUUUUACUUGCAAAACAGGCGAGCAGAGAUAUUUAUUUUAUCUUUUUUUUGUAUUUUUUUGAUGAAAUCUUAAAGAUUUCCUCAUCUGUUUGUAUGAUCUCCCCAGUGUUGAGUCCCAUUCUUAUCAAACCCUUUUUUUUUCAUAUUUUGUAAUUUGAAGCAUGUGUAACCACCUGUAUAUCUUACAGUUUAACAUUACUAAUGUAUGACUUUAGUUUUGCUUAUUCCUUCAAAAAGUUAGUAAUAUUUAUUUUAUAUUUCAGUUUGACAUCCUUACCACAUAGUCCUUUAGCUCAAAAUUAACAUAGCCUAUUAUGAGUGUAUAUACUUUAUACAAUAUAUUACUCAAGGAAAAAAUAAUCAUGAUGUUAGGCAUCGUGAUGUGUAUUAGUUUUUUAUUACUUGCUAAUUUUUAUAUCUUCUGCCUUUUUCAUGUGUAAUCUCUGGUCUGUGCCUGUGUCCUAUGCUUUAGAAGUUACUUCUCUAUUUAUAUGAUGAUUUUUUUUUUCUCUAGAACUCCCACAUGUGUCUCGCAUCCUGCGUCUUAUUGCCUGUAUCUCUGCCAAGUCUCCUCUAUUUUCCUCUCCCUCCAACUGCAAACUUUACCUUUUCACCUCAUAUAUAGAAACUAGUUUUGAUACACAUACAGCCAUAGUAGGUACAUUAUACAGUUAUAGUGGAAUGGGAUCAUCAUCAUUCUCUUUACUAGAUAGUAAAAUACAUUGUUGUAUUAAGGAUAAUAUUGUGAUUUUG